AAAACAUAUUCUACAGUGGAACACAUAUUUUUUUUUUUUUGAAGAACCCGAUAAUAACUGGGGAAAAAAAGAGGAGAGAAUUUCAAGAGAAACCAUCGGGUUAGAAUUAAAUUGUUUUAUCUUCUUUUUUUUUUAGAUCUUUUCCCCAAAUUACAAAUUAAUAGUCACUUUGAGUCAACUCCACUUUUUUUUUCUCUAUGUGCUUUGGUGAACUGCAACUCGAAUUAUCUUCACCAUUCAUUCGAUUUCUUUUGUUUUCAGUACAAUAGGAGAAUUGGGUUUUUCUUUUUUUGGUUAAUUGAGCUUAUUUGAUGGUCUGGGUAUGAUUCUAAUCGAGGAAAAAGUUGGUACUUAAAGUGGGAUUUGGGGGAUGCAAAAAUGGGGGAAAAUGGAAAUGCAGCUGCUUUACACACAGCAAUCAACGCGGUUCAAGCAUUGGGGAGAGGAUUUGAUGUUAAUUACGAUACGAGGUUAUUGUACUGUAAAGGUGUGAUGGGUUCUAGGAUAGUUGAAAUUGAUGAAGAACAUGUUAGGGAUAUUUAUUUGGAUGAUCAAAUUGUUCUACCUAAUAUUUCUAGAGAUAUUAGGAGCUCCAAGGAGUCUAUUGGUCGUCGUAGUUCUGGGGUUUGUAAUUUUCAUGAGAUGGUGGAGUAUUUCAAUAAAAAAGCUAACGUGUCUGGUGGUUUUGCCCUCGGUAGUUUCAAUUCUGUGUUUAGCUUUACUGGUUCAACAAAUAUUGAUGCUGCGACCACAAAGAUGCUCUCUAUGGAUGGAUUUUACAUUCCACUUGCCAAGCUUCAGCUUACAAGGUCACCAUUGGUGUUGCAAGAAAAGGUUAAACGUGCAGUCCCAACUUCUUGGGAUCCAUCAUCCUUGGCUAGUUUCAUUGAAAAUUUUGGGACACAUGUCGUUACUUCUGUAACUAUUGGUGGUAAAGAUGUGAUAUACAUCAAACAACAUCAUUCUUCACCUUUAUCUACCAUGGAGAUUAAAAACUAUGUGCAGGAUAUCGGAAAUCAAAGAUUCUCUGAUAAAGAAAGUCAUACGAGUUCAGGUCAAAUCAAAUUAAAGGACAAGGGUCUUGAUCCAGGCUUAUUCAAUAGUCAAGGGAUAUACCCUCAGCCUUCCAAUGCGCCAUGUCUUAACGGGAAAGAGGAUGUUACAGUCAUUUUUCGUAGGAGGGGAGGAGAUGAUCUGGAACAAAACCACACACAGUGGGCAAAAACCGUCCGGUCAUCUCCGGAUGUCAUCGAAAUGACUUUCUAUCCUAUUACUGCUCUACUUGAUGGAGUAGCCGGAAAGGAGCAUCUGACUCGUGCUAUCAGUCUUUAUCUCGAAUACAAGCCUCCAGUCGAAGAACUUAGAUAUUUCUUAGAGUUCCAGAUUCCUAGGAUAUGGGCUCCGGUACAGGACAAGAUUCCUGGCCACCAGAGGAAGGAACCUGUUUGCCCGUCUUUGCAAUUCAGCAUGAUGGGGCAAAAACUUUAUGUCAGCCAAGAACAGGUCUCGGUUGGACGUAAGCCAGUAACAGGCUUGCAAUUACGACUAGAAGGAAUCAAGCAGAACCGUCUGAGUAUUCAUCUUCAACACUUAGCUUCUCUUCCGAAGAUCCUACUCCCACAUUGGGACACCCAUGUUGCAAUCGGUGCUCCUAAAUGGCAAGGACCCGAGGAGCAAGAUAGCAGAUGGUUUGAACCUGUGAAAUGGAAGAAUUUUUCUCAUGUUAGUACGGCACCAAUUGAAAACCCCGAAACCUUUAUAGGUGACCUCUCUGGCGUCUACAUUGUCACUGGGGCACAACUCGGAGUCUGGAACUUCGGGUCAAGAAACGUCUUGUACAUGAGGCUCUUGUAUUCUAGGCUUCCGUGUUGCACGAUACGAAGAUCGUUGUGGGACCAUUGUCCAAAUGACAAAUUGAAGAAAGUUGUUGCUACUAUAGGUACUACCAACUCUGGUGAUUCAAGUUCCGGUUCACAAGAAAAUGUCGUAAACAAAUUGGCUAAAUUCGUUGAUAUGUCUGAGAUGAGCAAAGGACCACAAGAUCCUCCCGGUCAUUGGCUAGUAACCGGUGGAAAGCUCGGUGUCGAGAAAGGCAAAAUCAUAUUAAGGGUAAAGUACUCCUUACUGAAUUAUUGAAUCUCUUGGCAUAUGAUUGGUAUGGUUUCGUGCCGGUCCAUGUUUAAGUAGAGGCAAUGUUUUUCGUUCUUUUUGCACGUCUGUACGUCUUCUUCGUGCUUGUAAAGAAUUGUGUUUUGAUGAAUUUGAUUUUGAGUGGUUUUUUAGGAUAUGUAUGUUUAAACAUGGAGUUUUUCUUACAAUUUUGGUAGCAACUUGUGUCUUGUAAACAUUUUUCAAGUGCUGUGAAUUAUGUAGAAAUAACCUUGGAAGAAA